AUGGCUUCAAGCUCGAGGAACUCUGCGCUCAUGCGCCAACCACUUGCUGCAAAUCACAGCUUUCAACCAGACGUGCUAUCCCAAGUUGACCAGACUGAGAAUGAACUCAGGAAGGUCAUCGGGGGAAUAGCUGCUCUGAGAGAUGGUGCCCCCCCUGGCAAGGACAAGGCUACCAUGGCUGGCUAUGAUCCGCAAAAGCUGCGAAAGACCACAGCCCUUCUGAAGGAGACGGAUAUCGCCCGAAAUGAGGCCAACGGCCCUAAGGGAGAUAUUGCACUCACUAAGAAGUCAAUCAUAGCGAGCCAGAGUAAACCUCUGACUGGCAUUGAUCUGAAAGACAAAGAGGCUCGCAAAAGAGCAUCUGAUAGAGUGGUGAACUACGUCGCAGGGUCAGCUGAGAACACCCGCCUGUUCUACAGCGGCUGGGGUGUCCAGGUCACCCCUGCGACGAAUGCAACUGCACAAACGGCCCUCAGGGAACUGGCGGUUUCCAACGCGGAUCCGCCAGCCCAAGGGUCCGAUCCAGCAAAGCAGCUUGCUUCCCUCAAAAAGGCACUGAGUGACAAUCGCAGCCUCACUACUAGAUACAACGAAGAGCGCGAUGAGUUCAAAAAGGCCUGGGAAAAGAGCAAAAAGCAGAUCGAGAAGUUGACCAAGACGUCUGAACAACAAUCUCGGGAUCUCUACCGGGCCAAGAAAGACCUUGAAAAGGCCACAAGAGAUUAUCCGCAAUUGGAGCGAGACUUGGCCAGACGAAACGAGUCGUCCCUCAAGGCUCAAGUCUAUAAAGCCGAAGCAAAGGCUGUAGAGGCGGAGAGUCGGGCUAAGACGGCAGAGGAUGAGAAGGUUGGCCUGGAGAUGAAGAUUUCGGAGCUCAGUGGCACUGUCAGGAGAUACGAAUCUUUACACAGCAACCAAACUACUCAGAUCUCCUCGCUGAGUCGACAAUACGAGCACCGAGGGAAGCAGAUCACAGCUCUGAAGAACUCCUCUGAGAAAGCCAACGCCUUGGUGCAGCAGCUACAAUCAGAAUUGGAAACCAGUCGCGAUGACCAUCUCAAUAAGUUGAGAAGUCUACAGACUGAGAAGAAUGAAGCUGAUAGGGGUUUCCAACAAGUCUCUGACGAACUUGGGAAACUCCAAAUCGCUCGUUCAAGUGACUCUAAGAGCCUCAUUUCGGCAAAUGAGGAGCUUAGCAGAGUCAAAGGUCAAUGUGAAGCUCUUCAGCUCACUGUUGAAGAGCAGCAACGUGACCUUGAAACGAAGCAUCAGAGGAUCUCGGAGCUUGAACAAGCUUCUGAGGAGAAGGAUGCUUCGAUCAAGGUGCGUGACGAAACGAUCAAUUCACAGAUACAGAGGGCUUCGACAUUCUUGCGAUAUCUUUCGUUGAAUGUCGAGUCUGAUGCCUGGAAUUGUAUUGCGGAGAGAGUACUUGUUGACUCGACAAGUAUUUCCCUUACCUCGGCCGAGUGGCAACCAUGGGUUGUCUUUUCGUCCUGGUCUGGAGAUGUAUCUCUUGCGACCAGACAAGAUACCCGUAAUCUCGAGUCUGUUGCUCUCGACCUGCUUGUCACAUUAAAGGACAAGUCAGCCGAUGCAAAAGACUUGUUGGCUUUCCUAUGUCAGCUGCAGAAGGCGAUGCUGGACUCCGAUUCCAUGCUAUCUGCUGUCGCGCAGCUACUCCUUGAAGCUUUUGGCGCGGCGAUUGGUGACCCUCGGUUGCAUCUGAUACAACGUCUUGUCAUGUGUCAGAUAGCAAAUCUCCUGGGACCAACCGCUAAAGUCCAACAGUUCAUGCAAGCACUGGACGGUGCUGAUCCUAGGAUACAGCGUGUUGUGCAUGCACUGCAAGCAUACCGCCUGGACAAUUCCAUCUUGCCGAUGGAUGAGGCGGUAACUUACCCUGGCGUAGCCCUUGUCGGUUUCAACAGAGAUCCUCAAGGGGUGAUUGCUGUCAGUCCUUCCGAUAAUGGGAUUUGCUGGGUUGAUAGCACCAAUAUCAGAACCGAAUUCACUGUUUUGAAGCUGGUUUCUGGGAAAGGUGCAUCUAUUGAAGUACCUCUCGAUACAACCGAAAGGUUUGACUGGGCCAUGGCGCAUGCGUGA